GGCGGCUGCUGCGGAUGUCGCUGUUAACCAGCGGCGUCUGAACAAACGACGGCUGCCGAGCGCCCGACCUGGCUCUGCGCUAGAGCCCAAACAGAGCUCCGCGGCCUCUCGCCCGCUAGGGCGGUCCUACGCCGGUUGCCACUGAGGUGGAGUGCCCCGCAUUCCCCGCUGCCCGGGCCGGCCGACUGUGGCGUUUUCUGGCUCCCGUUCGCUCGCCCGCUCCCUCCCUGCCCGCUCCCUCCCUGCUCUCCUGAGUCACCGCCGCCAUGGCCGAGAGUGGUGAAAGCGGCGGCCCUCCAGACUCCCAGGACGGCGCCGCCGCGCCCGACGCUGCCGGCGCCCCCGCGGCAGCUGCCUCCGCGGAGCCCAAGAUCAUGAAAGUCACCGUGAAGACCCCGAAGGAGAAGGAGGAGUUCGCUGUGCCCGAGAACAGCUCCGUCCAGCAGUUCAAGGAAGAAAUCUCUAAACGUUUCAAAUCACACACCGACCAACUUGUGUUGAUAUUUGCGGGAAAAAUUUUAAAAGAUCAAGAUACUUUGAGUCAGCAUGGAAUUCAUGAUGGACUUACUGUUCACCUUGUCAUCAAAACACAAAACAGGCCUCAGGAUCAUUCAGCUCAGCAAACAAGUACCACUGGAAGCAAUGCUACCACAUCAUCAGCUCCUAGUAGUAACUCCACAUCUGGUUCUGCCACCAGCAGCCCUUUUGGUUUAGGUGGCCUUGGAGGGCUUGCAGGUCUGAGUAGCUUGGGUUUGAAUACGUCCAACUUCUCUGAACUACAGAGCCAAAUGCAGCGGCAACUUAUGUCCAACCCUGAAAUGAUGGUCCAGAUCAUGGAAAAUCCCUUUGUCCAGAGCAUGCUGUCAAAUCCUGACCUGAUGAGGCAGUUAAUUAUGGCCAAUCCACAAAUGCAGCAGUUGAUACAGAGAAAUCCAGAAAUCAGUCACAUGCUGAAUAAUCCAGAUAUAAUGAGACAAACACUGGAACUUGCCAGGAAUCCAGCAAUGAUGCAGGAAAUGAUGAGAAACCAGGACCGAGCCUUGAGCAACCUGGAAAGCAUCCCAGGGGGAUACAAUGCCUUACGGCGUAUGUACACUGAUAUCCAAGAGCCGAUGCUGAGUGCUGCGCAAGAACAGUUUGGUGGUAAUCCAUUUGCUUCCUUAGUGAGCAGUCCAUCCUCAGGUGAAGGUAGUCAGCCUUCCCGUACAGAAAAUAGAGAUCCGUUACCCAAUCCAUGGGCUCCGCAGGCUUCCCAGAGCUCAUCAGCUUCCAGUGGCACCGCUAGCACCGUGAGUGGCGCCGGUGGCAGUACUGCCAGUGGCACUGCUGGGCAGAGUACUGCUGCGCCCAGUGUGGGGCCUGGAGUAGGAGCUAGUAUGUUCAACACUCCAGGAAUGCAGAGUUUGUUGCAACAAAUAACCGAAAAUCCACAACUCAUGCAGAAUAUGUUGUCUGCCCCCUACAUGAGAAGCAUGAUGCAGUCACUAAGCCAGAACCCCGAUCUUGCUGCACAGAUGAUGCUGAAUAAUCCCCUAUUUGCUGGAAACCCUCAGCUUCAAGAACAAAUGAGACAACAACUCCCAACUUUCCUCCAACAAAUGCAGAACCCUGAUACACUAUCAGCAAUGUCCAACCCUAGAGCAAUGCAGGCCUUAUUACAGAUUCAGCAGGGUUUACAGACAUUAGCAACAGAAGCCCCUGGCCUCAUCCCAGGGUUUACUCCUGGCCUGGGGGCAUUAGGAAGCACUGGAGGCUCUGCGGGAACCAGUGGGUCUAGCUGUGCACCUAGUGAGAACACGAGUCCCAGUGCAGGAACCACCGAACCCGGACACCAGCAGUUUAUUCAACAAAUGCUGCAGGCGCUUGCUGGAGUAAAUCCUCAGCUACAGAAUCCAGAAGUCAGAUUUCAGCAACAACUGGAACAGCUCAGUGCAAUGGGAUUUUUGAACCGUGAAGCAAACUUGCAAGCGCUGAUAGCAACAGGAGGUGAUAUCAAUGCGGCUAUUGAAAGGUUACUGGGCUCCCAGCCUUCAUAGCAGCAGUUCUGUAACUUGAAAAAAAUGUAAUUUAUUUUUGAUAACGGCUCUUAAAUCUUUAAAAUACCUGCUUUAUUUCAUUUUGAAACUUGGAAUUCUGUGCUAUUAUAAACAAACCCAAUAUGAUGCAUUUUAAGGUGGGAGUACAAGGAGAUGUGUGGAUUUUUCUGUGUUUUUUAUUUUAUUUUUUGACCAGUGGGAAUCAAUGCUUUUUUGUUUAAGGCUAUUGCAUGCAUCAAACACUUCUGCAUUUAUUGUAAUUUUUAAAAAAUCUGACAGAUAUCACCUUUUAUAGUUGGGUGAACAGAUAUUGUCCUGCAUCUGUCCAGUUUAUUUGCUUUUUAAACAUUAGCUUAUGGUAGUAAUUUAUGUAGAAUAAAAGCAUUAAAAAGAAGCAAAUCAUUUGCACUCUAUAAUUUGUGGUACAUUUGCUUAUUGUGACUUUGGCAUGUAUUUUUGCGAACAAAAUGCUGUAAGAUUUAUACUAUUAACAGGUUUUUUUUGUGGGUUUUGUUUGUUUUUUGUAUACAGUGUAGUAUCACAUUUGGGACUGCAUUUCUAGAGACUUAUUGCAGUAGGUUAUCUGAGCAAAACACCUGUAGCCAAAAAAAAAAAAAAGAUAAGGAAA